CAAACCCCUCCCACCCGCAAGUUGCCGUAAUGGCGACCAGUGGUGUGCAUUUGCGGCUAGUCGCCACCGCAAUUUUAUGUUUUCUGUUAGCAAUUUUUGUACAAAUCAAUGCUUAUGGUGCUUUUCCAACUAGAGAAGUAAUUUCAAAAUGGGCAGAAUUAUUUCAGGAUCGUUUGCUUGUAGACUUGGACAAAUUCACAGGAAUAAAAAAUUUAGAAAAGACUUAUGAUGAUUUGAGAAAGGCCAAAUUGCAUAAAGUUGAUGGCCAUGCUUUGGUGGAAAAAAUGUCACAAGAUAUAACCAAAGAUUUAAAAAAGAAGCUGGAUGCAUUAGAGAAACUGGUUACUUUUGCAGAAGAGAAAGUAAUAACAUACAAAUAUGAACCUUCUAUAAAAAAAGCUGAUGUUAAUUUUGUUAAAUUAAAAGACCUGGAAGAAAAUGAUCGCAGACUUGUGUAUAGUGAAAAAUACAAAAAGGGCGUAAAUUUUUCUUACUCUGGUGUACAUAUACCUGUGGAAAUAUGGGAUGAAUCUCCAGAAAUUCUUAAUGGAUUAAAGUGGACUAGUCAACUUGAUGAAUACUUCAUAAAAAAUAUACAAAAUGACUCUGACUUAAUGUGGCAAUAUUUUGGAAGUCAGUCUGGCUUUAUGAGGAGUUAUCCUGCAAGUCAAUGGAUAAUAAUUCCUCGGAAGCCUAAUUUUCCUGAUUUGUAUGAUGUGCGUUUGAAGAAUUGGUAUGUCCAUGCGUCAACGUCAGCAAAAGAUAUGCUGAUACUUAUGGAUUCGAGUGGAAGUAUGCAUGGUCAGACUAUGGAAAUUAUGAAAAUUGCAGUUAAAACAUUAUUGACUACUCUUGGUGAAAAUGAUUUUGUCAAUAUAAUCUCAUUUAACAGCACGGCUAAAUGGAUUUCUUGCUUUGAUACUCUUGUGCAAGCUAAUCGUAGAAAUAAACAGAUUCUUUCAAAAGCCAUCGAUUAUAUUGAAGAUGGUAAUAUGGCCAAAUUAUCUGUGGGAUUGGAAUUUGCUUUCAAAGCUUUUGCUCAAUUUAGAGAGAACAGAUCAGAGCCUUAUGCUGGAUCAGAAUGCAAUCAAGUAAUUAUGUUGUUUAGUGAUGGUGGAACUGAAGAAGCUUGGGAGGUUUUAGAAAAAUACAACUCUGAUAAAAGUGUCAGAGUGUUUGCUUAUGCAAUUGGGCCUCAUCCAGUCCCAUAUGCAACUUUGAAAGAGAUUGCUUGUUCAAAUCGAGGUUACUUUACUUCUAUUCAAGCCAUGGGUGCUGUGAGAACAAAAAUUCAAGAUUAUGUUAAAGUUCUUGGUAGACCUCUUGUCCUAAGUAAUGCAAGGAAUUUUGAGUGGUCCAAUUUUUACCUUGAUCCUAUGGGUCUUGGAAUGAUGGCAACAGUCACAUUACCUGUAUACAACAAAACUGAAGUUGCGAAUCAGACUAUGGUUGGUGUUAUGAAGAUAGAUGUCUCACUUCAAAAAAUGUUGGAUUAUGAACCUUCAUAUGAGAUGGGACCAGCCGGCUAUUCUUUUGGCAUUAAUCCUAAUGGAUAUGUUGUAUUUCAUCCUGAUCUUAAAACAGAUUUUGAAUUUAUAGAUGAUCCACCACAUCUGGACUUUUUGGAUAUUGAAAUAGAAAACCCGGCAAAAAUAGAUUUACGGCGAGCUAUGAUAAAUUCUACAACAUCAAAAAGAUCCCUAACAAGCUUAAUAAAGAUGCCAGAUGGGAAGCAUAUAGUUCGGCAUCACAUGGAAUAUUAUUAUACUCCUCUUAAAUUGACAUCUUUUUCGAUAGCGAUUGUUAUGCCUACUGACAGGACUCAUUAUUUGCAUGUUGAAGAGAUGGAUUUUGUUCUAGGAUUUGAUUUAUCAAAAAGUGAAAUGAAAGGAAUGCAUAUUGCACCUUGGAAAUAUUGUCAUGGCAAAGUACUGAAACUUGGAACGCCCGAUAUUAUAAAAAAUCUGUCACAUACAGUACGGAGCAAUCCUGAUUCAUGUAAAAUCCAAUUACUUAGAAGGCUUGUAUGGGACAUCCGUAAAACAAAUGAUAUCAUGCAUUACUGGCAGUCUGAAGAACAAGAUGGUAGAAGAGAAGGAGUUAUUGCUACUUUUGUUCAGUCUGAAGGUGGCUUAACUAGAAUAUACCCUCCUCGUGAAGCUCAUCAACUUGAUGGACAUACUAAUCCGUCCAGAUCAAUCCUAUUUCAAAGAGCAUUUUAUGGGGAUGAUUAUGCAUUUAUACCUCCAAAAAAUGACUAUAAUCCUGUUACAAACCAAAGUGAAAGUGACCCUGUUAUUACUAUUGUUAAAACUAUAUCUUUUGCCCGCAGUGGCAUUACCUACAAACCUGCUGUUGUUGGUGUCAUGGUGGAUCCUUUGUGGCUUCAACCCUAUCUCCUUUCAACUCCCUCUGCUCCUGGAAAAGUACCACUCAGCUGUUCUGAAUCAGAUUAUAUUGUCUGUUAUCUGAUAGACGAUGGAGGAUUUAUUAUUUCAACUAACCAGCCAGAUCUCUCUGCUGUGCUUGGAAAGUUUCUUGGUUAUGUUGAUUCGGAAAUUAUGGCUGAGUUAUAUGAUAAACAGAUAUACGUCAGAAAUGAAGAUUUCAAUUUUGAAGAUCGUUGUAAGAAGAAGGAGAAGAAAGUUAGCUCUGCAUUCAGGACCUCUGCUAUACCAUUCCAUUCCACUAUAUCUGCCUUGAAGAUUGGAUGGCUGUUUGAUUAUGCAGCUUGGUCAUAUUUAAAGUUUUGGUUUUUGAGUUUGUUUUCUUUCCUAAAACUCCCCAAAUCUGAAGCAUUGCCAGAGUUUUAUGAGCUUUCUAACGAGACUACUUGUAACACGCAUGAAGCUCAAUACUAUUGGGGUAGAUGGGGUAGGAGCUACAAUGGUGAAAUAUUUUGUAGUAAUUGCACAAGGCAUUAUUCACUUGCAAAAGUGGGACAGAUGAAUGCCUUGCUUUUGGUGACUGAGAAACCUUGUGUAUACAGGUCCUCUACGUGUGAUCCUGUUCCUCCUUUAUUGCAAGAAAAAGAAGAAUUGAAAGAAACAGAAGGUAGUGUUUGUAAUCGUCCAUUAAGAUACAGAAGGAGACCAGAUAGGUGCUAUGCUUAUAGUGAAGAUGAAAAUAAUUCUGAGUGUGGAGCAGUUGGAUCUUUGGCUUUACCUCACUUAGCUCUUAUCAUUGAAUUGCUGUGCUUGAUGAUUGUAACAAAAAUGAUACAUGUUGAUGAUGGUAAUUUGUUUGCACAGCCAUGAAAUUAGGAAUUUUCUCUACAAUUUGAAAUACAUCUCACGAAUGAAUUCCUUGGAGCAAGAUCAUAUAUUUGUAAUGAUGUACAUAGUGUGCACCAAAACAAUCUCCUUAUCAAAGUGAAACUGAUUUCUGAUGUGGCUCCAAAUUUGGACCCAAAUAGGAUACAGUAUUAAUUGAUUUCUUAUAUGAUUUGCAGGGUUUCUUGUGACACAGAGUUUCCUCGAAUUUUCUCACAUGGAAAACCUGCUGAAUAGUGAAUAAUUGAUAUUCAUCUUGGACAAUCUAGAUGAUGAAAAAAAUGAAUUUGUUGUAACCAUAGUUGUGAUGGCAAUUUUUUUCAUGAAAUAAUGUAAAGAAAUGUAUGGUUUACGGGCUUAUAGUUGUAACAUUAAUAUUAAUUUAUAAUCUUUUCUAGAAACAUUGCAGGAAAAUAUUAUUAGCAAUUAAACGAUCUUUUGGAAUAUAAAAAACAUUCUAAUUAUCUUUGAAAAAGAAAACAGUUUGUU